AGCAUAUCCAUUGUCAUCCCACCAAAGUUAAAAACACAGGCGCUGUGUUGGUUUUCUAUUUUAGUUUUGUUUUUUCGGUCUUGCUAUUGUCAGCUUACUGGGCUGACGAUAAACACGCUAGAAGAUAAGGAAAACACAUAUUUUUGUGUACUUUAUACACUCUUUAAUACCUAUUUAUACACUUACUAUUUUCAGCCCAUUAGACUAAUUUUAAAAUUUUUCUUGUUUUUUAAUAAUUACCAUAUUUCUUUCUCAAAUCAUUACACUAUUUAUCUACUUUCUCAUCUCUCUUUAUCUCUUCCCAAUCAUUAUCCUUCUUUUCAAUCAUUACCUUAUUUUUCUCUCCACCCACUACCAAAAUUAAACUAAACUAAACUACCAAUCAAACAAAGCCGCUAUAUUCCAUCACAUCCCUACAUUUCUAAACAGGUCGAUAGCCAGAAAUAAAAAGACAGGGGAUGUCCAGAAUGAAUCUACUCCUAACCGACCUCGUAUCUAGCGUGAACCACGUCCCAUCCAAUUACAUCCGACCGAUUUCCGACCGUCCGAAUCUGAUAGAGGUCGAGAAAUUGGAGGGUUCCAACCUCAUUCCGGUUAUUGAUCUUCAGGGCCUCCACGGCCUAGACCACUCGCAUGUCAUCGAAAAGAUUGGUCUUGCGUGCCAACACCACGGUUUCUUUCAGGUUAAAAACCAUGGGGUACCGGAGACGAUGAUCGAGAACGUACAGAGGAUAGCUAGGGAGUUUUUCCAGUUGCCGGAGAGCGAGAGGUUGAAAAACUACUCAGAUGACCCUUCUAAGACUACAAGGCUGUCCACUAGCUUCAACGUUCAGACGGAGAAGGUUUCCAACUGGAGAGAUUUCUUGAGGCUCCAUUGUUACCCACUUCAAAACUACGUGCACGACUGGCCCACAAAACCUCCGUCUUUCAGGGAGGAAGUGGCGGAGUACUGCACGAGCGUAAGAGGGCUAACUCUGAGGCUGCUUGGAGCCAUAUCAGAGAGCUUAGGCCUUGACAGAGACUACGUCAGUGGACAACUUGGCAGCCAUGGCCAACACAUGGCUAUGAACUAUUACCCGCCGUGUCCCGAACCGGAGUUGACUUACGGGUUACCGGGUCACACUGACCCGAACCUGAUCACAAUUCUUCUUCAAGAUGAUGUGCCCGGGUUGCAGGUUUUGCAUAAGGGAAAAUGGGUAGCUGUCAAUCCCAUACCUAAUACCUUCAUCAUCAAUAUUGGAGAUCAAAUGCAGGUUAUUAGCAACGAUCGAUACAAGAGUGUGCUGCAUCGAGCCGUGGUGAACAGCGACAGAGAACGGAUUUCGAUCCCGACAUUUUACUGCCCCUCUCCCGACGCUGUGAUAGGUCCAGCGCCGGAGUUGGUCGACGACGAGGACCGACGACCGGCAGUGUACAAGAAAUUCACGUACCAGGAGUACUAUGACAAGUUUUGGAACAGAGGGCUUGCUACGGAGUGUUGCUUGGACAUGUUCAAAGUCUAGCCUAUCUUCAUCUUCUACUCGAUCAACCAUCUACUCUCUCCGUUCCAAAAUGACUGUCCCGUUCGGUCUCCAAUGUAAAAUUUAAAUUGUUAAUAUCUUUCAAUCUAUAAUGAAUUUUACAUGUAAUAUGGAUCUUAUAUGAUAGAUCUCAAUUAGUUUUAUUAUACAAAAAUUUUAAAAUCUUUAAAAACAUUGUAGAUUGAAAGAUAUUAACAAUUUAAAAUUUUCAUCGGAGACCGAACGGGACAGUAAUUGUGGAACGGAGGGAGUAGUAAUUUUCGAGGUUCAUAUUCUCGUUGGUCCAAGUUUUGGAUGGGUCGCGACAGUCCAAAUUUUGACUAUACAUUAGUAUAAUAAAUGGUUCAAAUUUGGUCAGGGUUUGAACUUGAGAAUAAAUUUCUUACACAGCCGGUAUAAACAUUUGUCUCAUCCAAAUCAAUUGUAUUGCGCCAUGUCGUCAUAUUUUAUUAAUUGGGAUUAAUAUUUUGACACAUGUCGCAAUGCAAUUGAUUUGGAGGAAACAAAUAUUUACAACGACGGUAUAAAUAAUUUAUUCUCUUUGAACUUUUGUGUAUUUCUAGUUCAAAACCGGAGAUUCAGAACGAAUUCUUUGUACUUUCGUGUAAUCCUAGUGUACGCUAGCUAGCUUAGGGAUUCAUGGACUGAAAAUAAAGAUCAGCUAAGCAUUGAAUAUAUUGUAAUAAAAUAUCACUUUUGUCGAUUAAAAAAAAUCGAUUAUUGUAAGUUGAAAGAAUUUACAUUAAUGUUCCUCAGUUUUUUAAUGUCGUU